UCCAACACCUCUCUAUCUCUAUCUCUCUCUUCCAGCCCUCACUUCUCCCGACGAGAACACACUCUCUCUCUCUCUCUCUCUCCUACUUUUUGUUUGCUAAUAGAGUCCAUGUCAAUUCCGGCACCCACACCGCUGCAACGCCGUCAGGAGCAACGCAGAGAGACGUUGCUCUUCCUGCUCCUCUUUUUUUAAUUAUAUACGGCGAGCCAGCAGCAGGCAGCAACGACACCACUACAGAACCCUAGAGCAAGAGAGAGAGAGAGAGAGAGAGAGGGAGAGAGAGCGAGAUGGAGAAGGCGACCUUAGCUCUGCUGCUCUUCCUCCUUUCCUCCUCCACGGUCGGCGCCAAGUCCACCAUCGAGCCCUGCUCCGGCACCGAAUCCUGUCCCGCCCUUCUCGGGUACAAGCUCGACGCCGAUCUCAAGGUCUCCGAGGUCGCUGCCCUCUUCCAGACCGACCUGCUCCCCCUCCUCGCCGCCAACGCCAUCGACGCCUCCCUCCCCGGCGUCGAGCAAAGCAUCCUCCCCGCCGGCCUCUUCCUCCGCGUCCCUGCGUCCUGCGCCUGCUCCGGAGGCAUCCGCCGCUCCGUCUCCACCCGCUACACCGUCCGCCCCGCCGACACCCUCGCGUCCAUCGCCGCGUCCGUCUUCUCCGGCCUCGCCUCGGCCGAACAGAUCCGUGAUGCCAACGGCAUCCAGGACCCCGCCGCGCUUGACCCUGGGCGAACCCUGCUCAUCCCCCUCCCGUGCACCUGCUUCAACUCUACCGACAAUUUCCUCCCCGCCGUGUACCUCUCCUACGUCGUCCGCGCCGCCGACACCUUGCCUGCGAUAGCCGUCCGCUACUCCACUACCGUCACCGACCUCAUGAACGUGAAUGCGAUGGGGAGCCCCUCGGUCCUGGUUGGGGACAUACUCGCCGUGCCACUACCAGCUUGCCCGUCAAUGUUUCCAAGAUAUGCCUCGGAUUAUGGCUUGAUUGUGGCUAAUGGAACCUAUACCAUCACUGCUGGUCACUGUGUAGAGUGCAGCUGUGGACCGGGAAAUCUCAAUUUGUACUGCUCCCCUGCAUCCCUAUCAACAUCAUGUUCGAGCAUGCAGUGCAGUAACAGCAAUCUUAUGAUAGGAAAUUUCACUUCCCAACAGACCAGCGCCGGUUGCAAUAUUACUUCUUGUAAUUAUGCUGGCUUUGUUAAUGGAUCUAUCGUAACCAAGUUGACCACAUCUCUGCAACCUCAAUGUCCAGGAGAACAUCAGUUUCCUCCGGUGAUACCGCCACCCACCACGGUGGUUCAUGAAUCAUUGGUUGCCCCUUCACCUUCACCUUCACCUUCACCGUCCCCGGUCCAAACAGGUGGUGGUGGUGGUGCCCAUCUGACUCCGAAAACAUCAGUUCCUGGAACAUUGGCACUACCAGGUGCAUCUGCUGCCUCCAGCCCCGCUGGGAGUGCUUCUCAGGCUGUUUGCGUUAUACCAUUGAGCUACAUUUCUGCCGUAGUAUUCCCUUUAGUACUCGCUUACUUCUUUUGAAUUGUUUUCUUGCUUUUCCAUGUUUAUACUGGCAUGGAAUUUUGUCUGUUUCAUCGCCAAGCUUGUCUGAUUUAUGCAGCUUGAUGAGGCGCAGAAACGACUAGGAAAGACUUUCUUUUUCUUAUUGCUAUCUUUUUCCUUUUGUGUAUGCAAAACAAUUAUUAAAUAUUAACAAGUUAAUGUAAUCUUUAAUCCUUAAGUUCA